AUGAAUUAUCUUAGACUCUUUCUAAUUCUAUCUCUUUCAAUCUCUUUUGCAGCUUCUUCUACUUUACUUGACAAGAUUUUCAUGCACUGCAUGUUAACCAAAGUUCAAACAAUGUUUAUUAACUCAUCUUCCUUAUUGUAUCCAAAAGUAUUGGAAUCAUUGGAACAAAAUCCAAGAUGGUUGAGUUCAUCAAGCAAGCCUCUUCUCAUUGUUAGACCUUCUCAUGAAUCAGAAAUUCAACAAGCUAUUCUAUGUAGCAAAGAGAUUGGUUUGCAAGUUAGAGUUAUAAGUGGUGGCCAUGAUUACGAAGGGUUGUCUUAUAUUUGUAAGACACCCUUUAUUGUAAUUGAUCUCCUCAACAUCCGGUCGAUCGAUAUUGAUCUCGCCGAUGAAUCCGCUUGGGUUCAAGCAGGUGCAACACUAGGUGAAUUUUACUAUGAAAUCUCUAAAAUAAGUCGAGUUCAUGGAUUCCCCGCAGGGACUUGUCCGAGUGUUGGAAUAGGCGGACACAUAAGUGGAGGAGGGUUUGGUACUUUGUCUAGGAAACAUGGUCUAGCAGCAGAUCAUGUUAUUGAUGCAUACCUAAUAGAUGUAAAUGGAAAAACUCAUGAUAGAAAAUCAAUGGGAGAAGAAGUAUUUUGGGCUAUAAGAGGAGGAAGUGCUACUAGUUUCGGAAUCAUUCUUGCAUGGAAGAUAAAGUUAGUUAAAGUUCCAUCUCUUGUUACAGCAUUCACGAUUGAAACAACAUCAGAACAAGAAGCAACCAGACUCAUUCAUAGAUGGCAAUACAUAGAACACAAACUUCAUCAAGAUCUUUUCAUAAGAGUACUUGCUCAAAACAAUGGUCCAAGUUCAAAUCCAAAUUCAAAAACCAUUAAAGCAGUUUUCAACUCUCUAUUCCUUGGAGGAAAAGAAAAGCUAAUCACUAUAAUGAAUUCGAGUUUCCCCGAGUUAGGAUUACGGUUAAAAGACUGCGUUGAAAUGAGUUGGAUUCAAUCAACUUUGUAUAUCGCAGGAUACGAAAAAUCAGAUCCUUUAGAACUUUUGUUGAACCGAACUACGAAUUACAAAAGCUCGUUCAAAGCAAAAUCUGAUUAUGUAAAAAAGCCUAUACCAGAAAGAGGUUUCGGCGGUAUUUGGCGAAUGCUUCGUAAAGAAGACUCGUUCGCAUUACUGAUAUUAGAACCUUAUGGAGGAAAAAUGAAUGAAAUAUCAGAAUCUGAAAUCCCUUUUCCACACAGAAAAGGAAACUUAUACAAUAUACAAUAUAUGGUUAAGUGGGAUGCGAACGGAAUCGAAGAAUCCAAGAGACAUAUAAAGUGGAUGAGAAAGCUUUAUAGAUAUAUGACUCCUUAUGUUUCAAAGUCUCCAAGAACUGCUUAUUUCAACUAUAAGGAUCUCGAUUUAGGUAGGAACAAAAAUCGAAACAUGAGCUACUCAGAAGCAAGUGUUUGGGGGAAAAAGUACUUUAAAGGAAACUUUAGAAGGUUGGCAGAAAUUAAGACGAAAUUCGAUCCACACAACUUUUUCAGGAAUGAGCAGAGUAUUCCACUUAUAGAAUAA